AUGCCAUGCAUGCAUACCCGUAGACAGUUUGAUCCUCGUGUUUACACAACAGCCCAAACUGCUCAGAAAAAAGCACCACUGAGAAAACAGGUUUCCUCUUUUCAUUGUAGCCCAGUAUUUCACCACAGCUUCUGCCUUCUUGCAGACAUGCCUCGUCAAUUCCCAAAGGUAACUCUGAGUGAGGUGGAGGAGAAGACGCAGCUGCUUGCAGAGAAGGUGUACGCUUCAGCAUUGAAAGAGGAAGACCACAAAGAUGCAUUUUCAAUGUUCACAGUCCCUGAGGACUGUCCAAUUGGCCUCAAGCAGGCACAAGAUCAUGAACUGCUUAAGGAGUUGGCAGAACAACAGUCGGAGGAGAGCACCAAGAGGAGGAAAAGUUUGAAGAUGAUCCGUUCCCAGUCACUGUCCCUGCAGAUCCCAGUCAGUACAGAUGGUGCAUGGUCAGGGACAGUUACACCAUUUUUGUCCCCCAGCUCCACCAGCUCAUCAAUGAUAGAAAUCUGCCCUGAUUUCCAGAGGGUCACUAUAAGUGGCGAUUACUGUGCUGGAGUCACAGUGGAGGACUAUGAGCAGGCAGCCAAAAGCCUAUUCAAGGCUCUGCUUCUUCGAGAGAAAUACUCAAAGCUAGCCUAUCACAGAUUCUCUAGAACCACAAGCCAGUUCCUCUGCAGCGCUCAGAACAUGAGAUGGAGUGAACAAGAUGAGAUACUGCCAGAUAUGUGCCCGUGUCCGGUAGAUGAUGAAGAUCCCCACAGCAUGGACGACAUCCCUGAAGAUCUGAACUAUGAACUUCAGAUGAAAGAUGGAAUUGUACAUGUAUAUGACGAUGCUGAGGCGCUCAGUAAAAAACAACCCCAUGACCUACCAUACCCUGACUUGGAGACCUUUGCAAUAGAUCUUGGUCACGUGCUGACAAUGAUUGCAGAUGGACCCACGAAGACCUACUGUCACAGAAGACUGAACUUCUUGAGUUCAAAGUUCCACCUUCAUGAAAUGCUUAAUGAGAUGGCUGAGCUGAAGGAACUGAAAUGCGUGCCUCACAGAGAUUUCUACAAUGUUAGGAAGGUUGACACACAUAUACAUGCAGCUGCAUGCAUGUCUCAGAAGCACCUGCUGACCUUCAUCCAAAAAACAUACAAAACCGAAGCGGAUCGAAUAGUUUUAGAAAAGGAUGGACAAAAGAUGACCCUCCAGCAGGUUUUUCACAACCUCAACAUGGACCCAUAUGACCUCACUGUGGACUCUCUGGAUGUACAUGCUGGGAGACAAACCUUUCACCGGUUUGACAAGUUCAAUUCAAAGUACAACCCUGUGGGCGCCAGCGAGCUUAGAGAAAUCUUCCUGAAAACAGACAACUACAUCAAUGGGGAGUAUUUUGCUCGGAUCAUAAAGGAGGUGGCUCGUGAUCUGGAGGAAAGUAAGUAUCAACAUGCUGAGCCACGCCUCUCCAUCUAUGGACGCUCACCUGAUGAGUGGGACAGUCUUGCAAAGUGGUUUAUUGAUCACAAAGUGUUCUCACCGAACAUGAGAUGGGUCAUUCAGGUGCCCAGAAUAUAUGAUAUCUUCAAAUCAAAGAAGCUGGUGCAUAAUUUUGCCAAGAUGUUGGAGAACAUAUUCCUUCCGCUGUUUGAGGCCACCGUGAACCCCCGGAAGCACAGAGAACUUCAUGUUUUCCUCAAAUACGUGUCAGGCUUUGACAGUGUAGAUGAUGAGUCCAAACACAGCGACCACAUGUUCUCCUUCAGGAGCCCAAAACCAGAACAGUGGUCCACUGAUGACAACCCUCCCUACAGCUACUACAUUUUCCACAUGUAUGCGAACAUCAUGGUCCUCAACAACCUCAGAAAAGAACGUGGACUGAGCACCUUCCAGUUUCGUCCCCACUGCGGAGAGGCGGGGUCAAUCACUCAUUUAGUCUCUGCUUUUCUCACUGCUGACAACAUCUCCCAUGGACUCAACUUGAAGAAGAGCCCUGUGCUUCAGUACCUGUACUACUUGACCCAGCUGCCCAUUGCCAUGUCUCCUCUUAGCAACAACAGCCUCUUCCUGGAGUACUCCAAGAAUCCACUCAGAGAAUUCCUACACAAAGGCCUGUGUGUAUCUCUGUCCACAGAUGAUCCCAUGCAGUUCCACUACACCAAGGAACCGCUAAUGGAGGAGUACGCAAUUGCAGCUCAGCUGUGGAAGUUUAGCACUUGUGAUGUGUGUGAGAUUGCCAGGAACAGUGUGCUACAAAGUGGAUUAUCUCACCAGGAAAAGAAGCACUUUUUAGGAGUGAACUAUCUGAGAGAUGGACAUGAAGGGAACGACAUCCAUCGGACCAAUGUCGCACAGAUCCGCAUGGCCUACAGACACGAAACUCUGUGUAACGAGCUCAGUUUCAUUGUUGACGUAGCAAAGUCGGAAACUAUGGAUCUGCACCAGGAAUAA